UUCCGAGCUGUCCUGAACGCAGCAUCACUGUGCACAGAGAACAUGGCGGAUGAUGGAGAGUCGCUGGAGUCCUGGCUCAACAGAGCCACCAACCCCUCCAACCGACAGGAAGACUGGGAGUACAUAAUGGGAUUCUGUGACCAAAUCAAUAAGGAGCUGGAAGGCCCACAAAUAUCCGUUCGACUGCUGGCUCACAAGAUUCAGUCCCCUCAGGAGUGGGAGGCGAUACAAGCGUUAACGGUCCUCGAGGCUUGUAUGAAGAACUGUGGGCAAAGGUUCCACAAUGAAGUCGGGAAAUUUAGGUUUUUAAAUGAAUUAAUUAAGGUGGUUUCACCCAAAUACCUGGGAGACAAAGUGUCAGAAAAGGUGAAGUCGAAAGUGAUCGAGCUGCUGUACAGUUGGACUGUGUCUCUGCCAGAUGAAGCAAAGAUCUGUGAAGCUUAUCAGAUGCUCAAGUCUCAGGGUAUUGUUUUAGCUGAUCCAGAAAUACCUCUCGAUGCCACUUUAAUACCAUCACCCUCUCCGCGACCCAAGAAUCCUGUGUUUGAUGACGAGAAGAAGAGCAAGAGAUUAUCAGAUCUGCUAAAGAGCAAGAAGCCUGAAGAUCUGCAAGAGGCCAAUCGGCUCAUCAAGAACAUGGUGAAGGAGGACGAUGUGAGAACACAGAGAGUGACAAAACAAAAAAGCACACUGGACGCUGUCAACAACAGUGUCAAACUCCUUAAUGAGAUGCUCACACACUUCAGCCCAGAAGAGUCCACGGAUGAAGACAAGGAGCUCAUCAGGGAGUUGUAUGGUGAUUGUGACAAACUCAGGCAAACUGUGUCUCAACUUGCUACUGAGACUGAGGACAAUGACAGCAGCUUGGGAGACAUCCUGCAGGCCAGUGAUGACCUGUCCCAUGUGAUUAAUUCCUACAAGACGAUUAUGAAAGGACAGACUAUCAACGGAGAGAGUGAAGAAGCACAACAACCACGAACAUCAGUCAGACGAGGCAGCACAAACCAGUCAGAGAUUCUGAUUGACCUGGUGGGUCUGGAUGUCAACAGCCCUUCUAUGCCAGAGAAACAACCUCCGACAUCUUCUCUGUCUUUUCCUGCUGACCUGCUGUGCGGGUCUGCUGCUGCUGAGCCUCUGUCCCCGAGCCCCAGUUCACCCUCUGCUGCUUUCUCUCUGCUGGAUGAAGAGCUGCUAUCCUUAGGUCUCAAUGAACCUGCUCCUGAUCCCAGGCAGGAUGUGCAUCUCUUUGACACAACUUCAUCUUCGGGUCCUACAUUUUCUACAUAUUCACUUUUUCCAAAUGCCCUCUCUGCAGCUGCAGCCCCAUUCAACCCUGCAAAGCCUUCUCCAACUGCCUCCACCUUAAGCUUCCCUGGCCCUGUCUUGCCACCACCUCCGGUUUUUACAGAAUCUCUCUCAACGACAACGGUCUUAUUCCCACAGUCCCUUAGUUCAGUAUUGACCUCUUCGGCUCAGACUCAAUCAUUCAGCAUGGCCUUGCCCUCGGCCUCAGCCCCCCACGUCUUUCCACAGGUCUCCACUUCACUCAGUGCUUCCCACUCUCCUUCAACCUUUGUCAAUAACAACCUGCAAGACCUGGCCUUGUUGGAUCUGGGAAGUCCAAAAAAUACACCUGGUGUGAUGGACUUUAGCAGCUUGCUGGUGAAGAGUGAGGAUCUGUGCGCUCCUGCUCCUUUGUCUUCCAGUGUUGGUGUCCCACAACAGUGUUGGUGUCCCACAACAUCAGCCUUACUCCUCGUAGAAGAGGUGCAUGGAGGCUCCGCUCCCCCACCUGCUAAGAGUCAGGCUGAUGACAGCCCCUUGUUACGGUCUCUGUCCCCCAUCCUCCCUCUGAGCCAGGCCAGUCCCGGCAGGGGAGAGGAAGUGUCCCUGGCCAAUGUCUUUGUCCCCUUGGAUGCCAUCAAACCAAGUAAAGUGUGUCCUGUGACAGCGUAUGACAAAAACGGCGUUCGUGUCCUGCUGCACUUUGCUAGUGAUUGUCCACCAGGCAGGCCGGACGUACUGGUGAUAGUGGCAUCCAUGCUUAACACAGCACCACAACCUAUCAGGAAUGUUGCCCUGCAGGCGGCUGUACCCAAGACGAUGAAAGUGAGACUGCAGCCACCUUCAGGGACAGAGCUGGCUCCUUUUAAUCCAAUCUUUCCCCCUGCUGCCAUUACUCAGGUCAUGUUGCUCGCCAAUCCUCUCAAGGAGAAGGUUCGGAUGAGAUAUAAGCUGACGGUCACAUUGGGAGAUCAACUGCUCACAGAGGUGGGGGAGGUUAAUGAUUUCCCUCCUGCUGACAGAUGGGGCGCUCUAUAGCCCCCUGCCCUCUGCUGUAGGCUGACCAGACGCGGACACUGCAAGACUCAAUUAACAAAUGACUUUAUUAGUGCAGCUCAGAAGUAAAAAGAAAGGGUUGUAUUGGAAGUUUUUGGGUAAAAUUCUAAUUUUUCUUUUUAAAAAAAAAAAAAAACAUUCUAAACUUUCAGUGAACUUGAAGGAGUUUGCUUGGGAUGUUCUCACUGAAGUAGCCAAAGUCCUGUAGCAAUACAUCCAACGUAAACUUUGCUUUAGUGCCAGCGGUAGUCAACAUGGUGCAAUGACAGAGUGAACUGGCUCAUUACAUGGGUGAUGCAUGGGAAAAUAUUGCUAAGUGAGUAUUAAGUUGUUACUGUUGUAAUAUCCUUUUGCUCCUGCCCCUCGGCCAUAUCAGAACUGAUUGGAGAACACUUGCACUUUUGGAUGCCAGACAGUCUUAAUAUAGAGCGAAAACUUACGUUGAAGGAGAGUGCACAUGUACAGUAUGUGUGCUGACAAUGUAGGACAACAGUGUUUUACGCUGAAGAACUUGGACUCGAGCGGACAAGAGCCCCUCUGUUGCUAAAUAAAAGGCACAGAUUGACUCAUUAGAAAUCAGUUGCUCUCAACUCACUGCUCCCAGUAUGGCUCACAGUUACUACUGAAUACUCUAACUUGUCUUCUGACUUUUAUGCUAACUCAUAGCUCGGACUUUGGUUUCCUUUUUGUCUCAGUAUUUAUUGUUAUGAAUGUAUUGUUAUUUUCUUCUGUGGAGGAUGUUAUGAGUUCUGACUGUUUGAUACUGCAGUUGUCAACUUUAUUCCAAUAUCUCCUUGGAUGCUUUCUGUUCUGCAGACGAAAGGCACAAAUUAAUGAUGGUUAUUUUUCCAAAUAUUCAGACAGACAUUUGCUAAUAUGAUGCAUCAUGUAGCAGCAGUAGGGACAGCUUUGGAUAGUGUUUUAUUAUGACAAGAUAAUUACUACUAGAAAGAGACUGCAGCCUUGUGCCAGAGAUAUUUGGCCCUUUUCCUUGGCCGGUUCAACAUGAGCCAUCAGGGAGAUUGAUGCUCUGUAUACAUGGUGUGGAUGUGCUUAAGGAAGUGCAGACCAGCUGAUAAUUAACCCCUGGAUUUAUUGUUUGAACUUAAUCCAAUGCUAUAGCUUUGCCCAUAUUCCUGCUCUUACACCUUGUUAUGGAAAACAAAGCUGAAGGAAUUACUUGUAAAUUGUUUGGUUUGUGUGGGAGUUUCUGAUAUCAAACUAGGAAGAUUUUUAUUAGAGUAAGCCUUGAGAAAAUACAU